AAAGUGUGGCAGCCGUUACAGUAUUGAUAAAGAAAAUUCACGCUCAUUAUCAAGAGCAAACGUAACAAAGGUUUGGGGUAGAUAGAUAGAUAGAAACUUUAUUAACGUGUCAAAGAAACUUCUAGUUUGGGAGAUAUACCAUAUGUUGUUCCUUACAAAGCCGGGGAUAGCCGUUCGAGCGAAGACUGGUAACUAAGUUACUUGACACAUUUUCAUGGCCAUAUGCAUUUUAGUGUAUCCCCACGUGGAACAAUUGUCAUGGCGCUUUCCUUCAAGUUUUCAAAUAUAUUAGGCUCCGUCUAUCGACAAGGUAACGUGGUGUUCAGUGCUGAUGGCGAUUAUGUUGUGAGUCCAGUGGGUAACAGAGCAUCGGUCUUUGAUCUUAAAAAUAACAAAUCAUGGACUCUUCCUUUUGAAAACCAGAAGAACAUAUCAAGGAUUAGUUUGUCUCCAGAUGGCAGGAUAAUUAUCGCAGUUGAUGAAGAUGGACAGUGCCUCCUAGCAAAUUUGAAAGCUAAGACUGUCCUUCAUCGUUUCAAUUUCAAAAAGCCUGUUUUUGAUCUGAAGUUCAGUCCAUGUGGAAGGUUUAUAGCAGUAACACAUGGGAAGCAUAUCAAAGUUUGGCAUGCUCCAGACCAAAGUAAAGAGUUUGCACCCUUCUCUAUUCACCAAACUUACACAGGUCUCUAUGAUGAUGCUAUUUGUAUUGACUGGGCGUCAGACUCAAGGUUUUUUGUGGUUGGCAGUAGAGACAUGACUGGUCGCAUCUUUUCAUUAUUUCCUGUGAAGAAUUUUGUCCCAGUCACACUGUCAGGACAUCGAAAUACUGUAAUAGGUUGUUAUUUUGAAAACAAAUGCUUAGAUACGUACACAGUGAGUCGUGAUGGGGCGCUAUUUAUUUGGAAGUGCCAUGGAUGCAUCAAGGAUUCACAAGUUUCUCUUGGUGAAACAGAUUUCAAACAAGGCGAUGAAAAUUCUCUUCGGUGGAAAAAGCAGACUAAGCACUAUUACAAUCAGGGUGGCUCUGCUGAACUGACAACGACUGCAUUUCACAAGGCCUCCCAUCUCUUAAUAGCUGGAUUUUCCACUGGCUUGUUCACACUGCAUGAAGUACCAGACUUUAUUCUUAUCCACACCCUAAGGUAUUUAAAAGUUCUGUCUAUUCAUCUUAUGAAGUGUAUACAAGUAUGCACUUGGUUGGUAGUUUUGUCCACCUCCAUGUUUCCAAGCAUUAUAAAAAGACAGGUUAAACUGUGGAACAUGAUGUCAGGUUUCUGUUUUGUCACAUUUAAUGAACACGGCUGUGCUGUCACAGGUGUUGUUUUUACACCAAGCAGUCAAGUACUGUUAAGUUGUUCCUUGGAUGGUACUGUCAGAGCAUUCGAUCUCAACAGAUAUCGAAACUUCCGUACAUUUACCUCACCCCAAGCAGUUCAAUUUUCAUGUUUGAGUGUAGACAGUAGUGGGGAAGUUGUCUGUGCUGGAUCUCUUGACACAUUUGAGAUCUUUGUUUGGAGUGUCAAGACUGCACGUCUUACUGAGGUUCUUUCUGGACAUGAAGGACCUAUUUCUGGACUAGUUUUUAGCCCAUCACAACCACUGCUUAUAUCAGGAUCCUGGGACAAAACUGUUAGGCUCUGGAAUAUGUUUGAUAGUAAAGUUUCAUGGGAAACCCUUUGUGUGGAAUCUGAUGUUUCAACUGUGUGUGUGAGUCCUGAUGGCACUCAGGUGGCAGUUGCUUCAUUGGAUUGCCGUAUCACAUUUUUUGACAUAAGAGGAGGAGUUGAAAUAGGAACAGUGGAAGGGCAUAGGGACCUUGCUCUUGGAAGAAAAGCUUCAGAUAAGAUAACAGCAAAGUCUAUGGCCUCUUCAAAAUACUUCACCAGUCUAAGCUACAGUGCUGAUGGAAAAUGUGUCCUUGCUGGCGGGAGAUCAAAGCGUGUCUGUCUGUAUCAUGUCAGUCAAAAGAUGUUGAUAAAACAAUUUGACAUUUCUGGCAACCUCUCUUUGGAUGGCAUGAAGGAGUUUCUCCACAGUGGUAACAUGACAGAAGCAGGACCCAUAGGCCUAAUUGAUGAUAAAAGUGACAUUGAUCUAACCCCAACUCUUCCGGGUGUUUUGAAAGGUGAUAUGAGCUCUCGCAGACUUCAGCCGGAGAUCAGAGUGAACUCACUGCAGUUUUCACCCACAGGCCAGACCUGGGCUGCAGCUAGUUCUGAAGGGCUAGUGGUAUAUUCACUAGAGUCUCAUGAUUUGUUUGAUCCAUUUCAAUUGGAAUGCAACGUCACCUCUGAGAGGAUCUGUCAAGCUAGUAGUAACAAAGAACAUACGAAGGCCCUAAUUCUAAGCCUAAGACUUAAUGAGCCAGAACUUAUUUGUCAAGUUAUGGAGGCAGUUCAACCUUGUGACAUUCCACUGGUAACACAGUCCUUAAAGGAGCCCUUUAUCGAACGACUGAUGCAGUUUAUUGUUGUACAAUUGGAUGAGUCACGACAUCUACAUUUUUAUCUUUUGUGGUGCCAUUAUAUGUUAACUGUUCACGGACAAAAACUGAAAACACUGGCUAGUGGACAAUCUGUUAUGUUGCGCAGCCUACAAAAGAGUCUCGUGAGACAACAAGAAAACCUUAACAAGAUUUCAUCGAGUAACACUUACGCCCUCACCUACAUAACGGCCUUUGCUGACAUGCUUAAGUCCAACACUGCCACUGAUCGCAUGCUGGAAAAACCAUCGAUGCUUGUGAAUAAUGGCGACAAGAGACUGAACGAGAAUGAGCUUCAACUACCAAUCAAACAUAAACCCCUCUGAAAACAUAAAAAGCACGCAUUUAUUUGCUGACGGAUUAUUUCAGAGUUUUUUUUAGUGUUAAUUUUUUUAGUUUUUUUUUUCUGUUUGUUUUGUUGUUGUUAUCGUCGUUGUUGUUGUUGUUGUUGUUGUUGUUGUUGUUGUUGUUGUGGUGGUUGUGUGUGUGUAUAUGUAUAUGUAUGUAUCGGCAAAUCAGAUGUAAUGCUACGGAUAAGCUUGGCGUCUUACUACAGUCUUAUUACUUACUAUUCAUCAGUUAGCUAGACCCUGAUUUUCCAAGCAUUGAUUGAAUGGAUGAAACUAGAGAAAUUCGUUCAGUGUUAUCCACCGUAGAUUCUUGUUUUCUGAGAUUCUCAUUCUCAUUUUUAGUACAAACAUUAUAAAAACAGUAUAAACAAAAUCUGUCAAUUGGUGUUAAUUCUAGUUCCAGUCGUCUUCCAUGUGGAAUAUUUCUGUUACCAGAGUCUCUCCGAGUAAUUUUAAAAAUCAUCCUCUCAUUAAAUAUUCUUUGAAAACUGUG